AUGCCAUCAUCUACCAUCACUACCGAUAUCAUCCUCUUUGACUUGGACGGUACCCUUGUUGAAUCCACCGCUUCUGUGGAAAAGACCUGGGAAGACUACCAUGAGAAAUACGGAAUUGACUUGACAGAUCUCUACCAGAAGUCUCAUGGCGCUCGUACCAUCGAUACUUUCACCAAAUACUUCCCACAAUUGGCAAUUGAUGGCGAUAUGACCGCCGCAGCAAAACUUUUUGACAUGUCCAUUGUCAACGAUAACGGCCACUUAUCCAAGCCUAUUGAUGGGGCGGUGGAACUUAUGAAAUCAUUGAAUAAUUCAGCAGACGGUUUGCAAAAAUGGGCCAUUUGUACCUCAGGUACCCCAGCAUUAGCACAUGGAUGGUUUACUAAAGUUUUACCAGUUGAGGAACCAAAAAUUUUCGUCACCGCCGUCGACGUCACCCAAGGUAAACCUCAUCCAGAACCGUAUCUAAAAGGAGCUGCUUUAUUGAGUGCCGAGCAUGGCUUAACCAAGGAAUACGAACGAAAAAUCGUGUUUGAAGAUGCCCCGGCAGGAAUCAAGGCUGGUAAGGCUGCAGGGGCCAUCGUCGUGGGGAUUUUGAGCUCAUUUGAUAAACCGGUCUUGGAUGAAGCAGGAGCAGAUUACGUGGUUAAAGACUUGACCCAUGUGAAAGUGGUGAAGAACGAUAAAGAUGGGAUUGUGCUUGAAGUCGAUCAUGAAUGA